UGUCCUCUGUAGUCAUGGAAACCAGACUGUGUGUGUGUGUGAGGACAUCUUGUCUGGUCCUAUUUUCAGGGUUAAGACCUGGUUUUAAGGUUAAGGUAAGGGGCCUCAGGAAUGCAUUGUGUCUGUGAGGGUCCUCAGUAAGGAUGCUGUGCAAACAUGUGUGUGUAUCCACGUGGCUCCGCCCCCUGCUUCCAUGUGACGGAGUGAGUUUAGUGGGAUAAGAACAAACUCCUCUGAUACACACACACACACGGGGGGAGAGAGAGAGACCGUGUCAGAGGAUCAUCAGAGGAGCUUCAGCUUCAUCAGGACCAGGAUCAGGAGCCGGGGUCGGUCGGUGAGACAGGUCUCGGUGCCGCAGCUGCAUCAUGUCCUUUAGCCCUAAAGCGUCCUCCACUCCCUUCUCCGUCUCUGACAUCCUCAGUCCCAUGGAGGAAACUUACCGGAGGUUUGGGGGCGUGGACGCCGCCGCGGGAAGCCUCGGUUCCCCGCUAACCUCGUACCGGCAGCCGCAGGUCCAUCAGGCCGGCGCGCAGCACCAGAACCAGCACCAGCACCAGCCGCAGCACCUUCAUCACCACCAUCACCAUCAUCACCAGCCGCCGCUGCCUCCACAUCUUCACCACCAUCACCACCACCUGUCCUCCUCCUCAUCAUCAUCUUCAUCCUCCUCCUGCUCCUCUUCCUCGGCCUCCGCUGCAGCCGCGCUGGGACCCGGCGGAACUUUCCACCACCACCACCCUCAUCAUCAUGUUUCCCACGCGGUGCCGCAGUUCUCCGGGGCCGUGGGUGGAUUCUGUAACGGAGGAGAACUUCCGUCCUACCAGGACACGGGGAGAGGAGGAGGAGGAGGAGGAGGAGGAGGAGGAGGAGGAGGAGGAGCAGCGUGGUACAGCGGCCCGGAGCCCAGAUACAGCACAAUUUCCAGAUUCAUGGGCCCCUCCGCGGCCGCCGGGAUGAACGUGCCCGGGAUGAUGAGCUCUCUCACCGGCAUGGACUCCGCAGCUAAAUCCGUGGUGUCGCUUCAUGCUGCCGCGGCCGCCGCUGCCGCCGCCGCCGCGCCGCGCCGGAAGCGGCGGGUUCUGUUCUCACAGGCGCAGGUGUUUGAGCUCGAGCGACGCUUCAAGCAGCAGAAAUACCUGUCGGCACCGGAGAGGGAGCACCUGGCCGGACUGAUCCACCUGAGCCCGAACCAGGUCAAGAUCUGGUUCCAGAACCACCGCUACAAACUGAAGCGGCAGUCCAAGGACAAGGCCCCGCCGCCGCCGCCGCAGGACGGAACCGGAGGAACCGGAGGAGGGUGUGACCCGAGCCGCCGCUCGUCCUCCUUGUCCCCGGUUAUGUCCAAGAACGAAAAAAGCUGCCACAGCGACACCAGCGGGUUAAACCAGAACCAGGGCCAGAGCGGCGGGAGACAGCGGGAGGCCGUGAACGGUCCACCGCAGUCGCAGCCGCUGAACCCGGUGUCCUCGUCCACCGACGAGCUGGAGGACAUGUCCCCGAGUCCAACUCCCGUGAUGAUGAUGGGAAUCCACAGUCACAUCAACAUGACGCAGAGUGACGUGGCGCUGAUCGAUUACACCAACAACAUGAUCAGCUCCAGCUUACUGUACGGGAGGACAUGGUAGUUCACCGGGGACAGCAAGGAGACUCACCGGGGACAGGACAGAGGACUCACCGGGGACAGACCGGAGACAGGACCGAGGACACACCGGUGACAGGACAGAGGACUCACCGGGGACAGACCGGAGACAGGACCGAGGACACACCGGGCCUGGUUGGGAUUCUUUCUAAAACCGUUGAUAAAAACACUUUUGGCGGUAAAGUCCCGGAUGUUUACAACUCUCAGAUUCUCCGCAGAUUAUUUUCUUGUUUUAAAAGAAAAAAUGACAUUCGUUAGAUUAUUAAUGUAUAUUUGGUUUUGUUUUUGUAAAUGAAUUUGACUCCGCUGCUGCUUUUUAAACAUAAAAACAAACAAAAACAAACGUCAUUAAAUCUAAUCUGAGAAGAUUCAGG